ACGCACACACACACUCACACACACACUCCUCCUCCAUCAGCUGAUGCCUGAAAAUGCCACUGCUGGCCAGGAAGUGCUCAAGAAAAUAAAAACGAAAGCACAGAGGAUUCAAGUCAACAUGCGCUAAUGCUCCGGAUACUUUCCGACGUUGGCUAGGUAAAAUAAGGAAGAGGAGAAGAUGGCACAUCAGGGCAGCGGACAGGCCUGGGGAAAACUGGUGAAAGUCGACGCAUCUCCGGAUUCAGAGAUAUUACUUAUAAAUAGAGAAUGCAUUGUGGGGAGAAAAAAAGAUUGUGACCUCUCAUUCCCGGCUAAUAAACUGGUCUCAGGAAAUCAUUGCAAAAUCACUCAAGAUCAGAACUCAGGAAAGGUGUGGCUGGAGGAUAUGAGCACCAAUGGAACAGUGAUCAACAUGUCCAAAGUGGUGAAGAAACAGACACACUUACUGCAGAAUGGUGAUGUCAUUCACUUUGUGUACAGGAAGAACGAGCCAGAGCAAAAUGUUGCUUAUGUUUAUCAGGCCAUCGGGCCACAGGAAAGUGCCUCGCAGGAUGCUGAAGAUGCCGGAAGAGAAGAAGAUUCAGAUCUAACGGAAACAGAGAGCGAACCAGUGCCAGUAGAGCCUGUUAUUGUGAAGCCUCUACCUCAGUCUGGACAUGAGGAUCCUCAGCCAUCUACCUCCAGCUCUUCUUUCCACUUCUACAACAUGCCCUUAUCUACCUGCUCUGCAGAUGUGUCUGCAAAGAAGAACCCAGUGAGUUCUUCGAUUGUUUGUAAAGGAGAAUCAGAGAUGACCGCACCGGCGUGCAGCCCUGGGGAGCCGGUCAUGAAUCACACUCGCCUGAAGUGGACCUGCUGGACUGAGGGAGGGCAACAGACAGAGCCGGAGGUGGAAAUGCAGAGGAAAAGAAGAAAAAUUGACAAAGAUGAUCCGAAUGGGUGUGGAUCUUCUCACAGUGACUCUGCUGUUUCUGCAGCAGCUCCUCAGGUCUCUCUCAGAGGAGCAGCAGGGAAAGAGAAAACCGAGGGAGCCACUACAGACAAAAUGGAAGAAUCCCUCACAUGCAUCGUCUGCCAGGACUUGCUGCAUGACUGUGUCAGUCUUCAGCCCUGCAUGCAUACGUUUUGCGCUGCCUGUUAUUCUGGCUGGAUGGAGCGUUCCUCCCUCUGCCCCACCUGCCGAUGUCCUGUGGAGAGGAUCCGUAAAAACCACAUCCUCAACAACCUGGUGGAGGCUUACCUUCUCCAGCACCCAGAGAAGUGUCGGAGUGAAGAGGAAUUGCGCAGCAUGGAUGCCCGAAACAAGAUCACACAGGACAUGCUGCAGCCAAAGGUCGAGCGCUCCUUCUCGGACGAGGAGGGCAGUUCAGACUAUCUGUUCGAACUCUCAGACAAUGACAGCGACAUAUCUGACAUGAGUCAGCCCUAUAUGAUGUGUCGGCAGUGUCCAGGUUAUCGGAAGGAGCUCAGCUCUGCCCUGUGGAUCUGUGAGCCUGCUCAAACCGAAGGGCCGGCUAAAGGGCCUGGAGACGGCCCCUCCACAUCCUCUGACACCUCACCAGCUCCUCAGGAGUUCAGAUGUCCUCCUCAGGGCAGUCACCUCAUCUGCUCCUGCUGCCUGCAGCCCAUGCCCGACCGCCGCUUUGAGCACCUUCCCCCUCAGGUGUCUCCGCAGCACUGUAUGGUGUGCCAGAAAGCGUUCUGUCAUGUGUACUGGGGCUGCCAGCGGAUCGGCUGUCACGGCUGCCUAGCGCGGUUCAGCGAACUUAACCUUAACGAUAAAUGUCUGGAUGGAGUUUUUAAUGGCAAUCAGUAUGAGUCUGAAGUCCUUCAGAAUUAUUUGACAUCUCGAGGAAUGAGCUGGAGGCAUAUGCUGCAGGAAGCGCUUCAGGCCGUACAGCAGGGCCUGUACCAGCUCUCUGAUUACAGAAUCACUGCCAGCUCUCUCCUCUGCUACUGCUGUGGACUUCGCACUUUUAGAGAGCUCGCAUAUAAAUACAGAGAACGUAUUCCUCCAUCAGAUCUGCCAGAUUCUGUGACUGCCAGACCAAACUGUUACUGGGGACGCAACUGUCGGACUCAAGUGAAAGCACACCACGCUUUGAAAUUCAACCACGUGUGUGAGCAGACGCGUUUUAAGAACUAAAGCUGGAGGACCGUGGCUUGAUUUGACAGCGGUGGUUUCUGGGUAACUGAUCUGCUGCGGGCACAUGUUAGACCUCUGUACUCCUCUAGAUGGCAACUUUACAUAUGCAAAGUCAAUCAGAUGAUGAUAAAUCAAUCGUCCUUGAGGUAUGGUGUCAGCGCAUGGAAACAUCUGAUCUGGAUCUGCACUGUGUGUAGAAGCAGACACUAGUUUUCCAUGAUGGACUGACCGUCACACUUUCAGUAUGCACUGUUGUUUCCACUAUGCUAUUGACAUGCUUCCAUGCUGCAUCUCUGCUUAUAAUUGUAAAAUGAGAAAACGUUGGCAAUCACCUUUUCAUGCAAAAAGCUCUUUAGCUCGAACCUUAUACAAUAUACAAAAUAUAAAACUAACCUAUGGUGCCUAAGACUCAGUCAACUAUGAGUGCUCUUUCUUUGCAUGUCACAUACUUCUUCCAUUUUUAAUGUUCUUUCACAAUUAUCAUUAACUGCUCAAGACAUUUAAAUGCUACUGAGAAUGUUGAAAAUGUAUGUUGUAAAAAGGGACGAUCAUGUUUGUGACUCAAAACCAGUGCACUAAACUUUCACACGUUAGGUAUUCAGCAUUUGCAUUUUGUUCUUCAUUAUUUGGGCAGUAAGCCAUGUGAAGAAAAGGUGUUUAUUUUUUUCAUUCAUUUUAUAUCACACUGCAGGGGAUAAUCAAGUCAAAUCUGAUUUAUAAUAAAGGCUUAGAUGCUUUCGCA